GAGCCGUGCCGAGAGCACUUGUGUGUUCACGCUUUUGUGUACGGCCUGCCCAUUUAUUGGCUGAGCCGGGCUGAACACGGAGGCCGGAGCGCCUUCCUGCCUCAACUCCUUGCGGGCUGGCUGAUGGUGUACUGCAAGCGGCGGCCCCAUGGCUCUGGUUCGUGGCCGCCGCGCUGCCCACCCUGCAGACCUUCCUCCUCGCGGGGGAACCUCCUUCUCACCAUCUGCUACCUGGACCGGAGGCUUCGUCAUCAGAUGGAGAACAUGUGGCGGGUGGCCUCGUGGGUCUCCCACACCUCCUUCAUGCGUUGGGGGUUCGACGGGCUGCUGCAGGUUCAGUUCAGAGGCAACAUGUACCCCGUCUCCAUCAGGAACUUCACCUUCAAUGUGGACGGCAUACACGUGGUGGAGGCCAUGCACAUGAACCAGUACCCUCUGUACGCCUGCUACCUGGUGCUGCUGGCCGUCUGCCUGGUCUUCAUGGCGCUCUACUACGUGUCCCUGAAGUUCAUCAAACAGAAGUCCAGUCAGGACUGGUGAACACAUCAGGACCAGACGCUGUUUCAAAUCAAAUGUGACUUUAGGAAGUGUUUUGUUCUGCAGGAAAGUCAUUUAGGUUCUUGUUCGACUGGUUCGACAUUUUAUCAGACAUUUGCUUAAUUUAAGGGUAAAUAUAUGAGUAUGUUUUGAAUUUGAAUUCCCCUUUUCACAAUAAUCUCAACAUCAGAAACUCCUGCACUUGUUUUAAUAUCAAAAACACAUGAAAUGACUUCCCUGACACCUCAGUAAUCCUUAAAGUCACCCUUCUUAGUGUAUUAAAAAAAUCCUAAAAGUGAAGCUAUUUCUCAAAUGUGUGAAUAGUCAAAACAAUUAACACAUUUUCAAAGUUUAAGUAAUGAUCGGUUGUGCUAGAUUUCUUCUCGCUGCAGUACUGCUGUCUGCUGCUGGGUGGCAGCAGAGCAUUGCACUAACAGUUUAAAAGAUGAAGUGAUUUUCUUUCCCUCCCUCUCUUCUCCAUCGUGGCCGAUGAUUAGAGCGCCACUUUGGCAGAUAUCCAUCUGCAGCUUUUGCUUGUUCCAUUUUCAAUCUUCUUUUUUCCUACAGCUUUAUCUUUUUUUGUAUAUGUAAGGUUAUUAAGCUUAACAAUGUGUGUGCCAGUAUAGUGCGCACAGAAAAAAAAGCCGUAGAGAUUUAGUAAGUCACACUCAGAAAUAAAAGAGCUUGUACUUGUGUCCUCAAAGAUUGAAGAUUAUGUAAGCAGUGUUUUUGCACUGGUGCGAAAGCCUGAUAAAUAUGUGACUGACGGGGUCCAA